AUGGAAAAAAUUGCGGACGGUGUUAUUGUGGAAGAUGGGGCAAUCCAGAGGAGUGAAGAUGAUGAUAUACUCUUAGCGUCUGAGCAGUCACAAGGGAGCUCUUGCUCCCUUUCUUUCAUCAGUGAUGCCAGCAGCAUCUGGAUAGCAGCCGAGGACUUCCGUCUGUUGGAUACAGCCUUGGAGAUGGGAACCCCAGAAUCUGUGGAUUCUGUGAAGAGUGUGAUGAGCAGCACCUCGAUAGCUGCUUCGGGUUGUGCUUCAGGAGAGUUGGGCAACUCCUGUGUGAAAGUGAUGCCCACGGUUGGACAGGAAGUGGUGGAAAUCCAGGCUUAUGGGGCAAGCCCUUGUAGGCUACCCCUCUCUGAACUGCCACUCUGGGGUCUCGUUUCCAUAUGUGGAAGGCGACCAGAGAUGGAAGAUACCACAGCAGUUGUCCCUCAGUUUUCGGAUUUUCCUCUGUGGAUGCGAUCAGCUGCUCCAUUGGUGGAUGAUGGAAUCAAUGCAAGUUUGACUCAUUUGGCUGGCCACUUUUUUGGAGUCUAUGAUGGCCAUGGUGGUGUUCAGGUACUAUCCUUCUAAAAAUAAAAGAUUAAAAAAAGAAGAAAAAGGGAAAAAAAGAAAAAAAAGAAAAAAAAGAAAAAAAGAAUUCAGACUAUUUUUUAAUAAUAUCUCACGUUUUUAUGGUACCUACCUAUACAGGUGGCUAAGUACUGUCAGGAACGCAUGCAUAUGGCAUUAGUAGAGGAGAUGAGAAGUCUUACAGAGGGUGAUGGAGGCAGCAACGGGGACGACUGCCAAAAGAAGUGGGAGCGUGUUUUCAUUGAUUGCUUUUUAAAAGUUGAUUCUGAGGUUGGAGGAAGAGUCACCAGAGGUAAUGGUCCCCCUCGGGAGGAUAGGACUUCUUGUUCUGCAGAACCCAUCGCACCAGAAACUGUGGGAUCUACUGCUGUGGUUGCUGUUCUUUUUGCUUCUCACAUUAUUGUCGCAAACUGCGGGGAUUCAAGGGCAGUGAUUUGCCGUGGCAAGCAACCCAUUCCCUUAUCAGUAGAUCAUAAGGUAAAGUAUAAAUUAGGGGUCAUCUUUUAUGUUUUCAUCUCUAUUGUGUUAAUCCCAUGGAUUAAUGUCUGUAUGCUUCAGCCCAACAGGGAAGACGAGUAUGCAAGGAUUGAAGAAGCGGGAGGGAAGGUGAUACAGUGGAAUGGUUAUCGUGUGCUUGGUGUCCUUGCAAUGUCUAGGUCAAUAGGUAGGUGCUUCGCUGUAUCUGUGAAAAAUUUGGUCUGGCGUGCUGCUGAUGCUUUGUGGGCGUUUUGGAUGAAUAUUAGGUCGCUUGCCUUGUAUAGUAUAACAGAUUACCAUAUCCAAGCAAAGUACAUUUCUUGGAUCUAAGCAUGCAAAUCAACAUCCCAUCACUGCUUGUACUGGUUAAGUGUGAAGUGUGGACCUCAUGGACCAAGAACCAUGACACUGGUUGACGAAAGUUCUGAUAAGAAUUUAUCAAAAUCUCUUUAGACUUCAUGUUCUGAUCUCUAGACUAAGAUGCUAUCUGCAUAGAUUUAAUUUUUUCAGAAUAAGGUCAACAGAAAAAACUGUUUAUGAAGAACGGAGAUUUUUGUUACGUUGGAUAAGUCAAAUCCUAGAUUGAAACUUCUUUGUUUUUAUGGUGAAUUCGUAUUCAGUAUUCUUAUGUUUCAUACCCUAUCAAACAUCAUCUCCAAUCAUUCAGUUUCUAUAUGCCCUUAUGAUCGGCCAUAUUUUUUCUCAUAGCAGUGACUAAUUACUAUCAGCUCAUUUUUCGCUGUGACAGAAAGAAAAUAAAAUCAAAAUAAAAUGUAAGAAUAACAUUUCUAAGGCUACCACAGUCUGCCCAUCUUAUUAUAUAGCUAAAACUACUAGCUACCAUUCCACGUGAUAAAUGCUCCUGAUGAAAACUCUUAGAAAUACGCAAUAAUUAGCUUUAUCUUUAAAAUUUUCAAGCCAUUUGAGUUUAUAAUGUUUUUACUUCAUUGUUGCCUCUCCAGUUGAGGAAAGAAUUGUUAGUAUCGCUGCCCCACCCACAUGCUGACAUGUUGAAGGUGUAGUGUGGUUGCUCAUGUUAAGGAUGCAUGUUUCUGUGUAAAUACAUUUUUUUUUUUCUUGACAUCUGUAAUGAAGGGUGGAUAUAUGUAGAUGAUCAAAUAUGCUGCUCGAUCAAGAUCCACCAGCUGAGCUGGUAAAAGGUAUAAACCGAUUAUAAGGCUGAACCCUUGGAAAUUGCUUCGUCAACACAAGUUUUCAUGUCCCUUGUUUUAUAGACUGUCACCCAGAGUUAUCAUGAUGCUGAUGCUUCAAUGCCGUUGACAUCUUAAAAGAUCUGCUCUGUCUAAAGAUCUUCUGAUGACCUAAUUUAUUUGCCCACACCGAGAAAAUCUUUCAUGAAACAUCAAAGACGAGUCAUUCAUGCUAAGAGAAAAUCUUGCCUGUUUUAUUCCAUAAUUUUCUUUCGAGAUCCGCAAAAUGGGUUUUUUCUGAUUUUCCUGGUCUGGUGAGACGAAGAAAAAAAAGAGAAAAACGAGAAGUUGACCGGAAUAAUAGUAAGGUCAACUUAAGCUCAACACCAUGUGGAUAGUCGUGGGAAAUUAUGCCAUUUAUUGCGUCUUCCCUUCUCUGCUUAUUUCUUUCCUACAAUUGUUAUCGCUCGCCUUCCCAAAUCACCGGCUGCUGCUGCUGCUCCUCCUCUUUUUCUUUCCUUUUUUCUUGGAGCCAUGGACUGCAGGAGUUGACUUUACCGUUUCUGCAUGCUAUCAUCAUCUUCUUAUUUCUUUGGACCUAGAAAUGCAUGACCCAGAUAACACCAUCUGGGCACAUGACAGCUGCAGUUAUCCACCAGAUAUUUCUUCUCUGGGAAAAGAAAAGAAGAGAAAAAAAAAAUUCUAUUUGCAAAUCCCUGGAUUAAUCCAUAUCUCCGGAUUAUGCAGGUGAUAGAUACUUGAAGCCUUGGAUCAUCGCCGAACCAGAAGUCACCUGCCUUGCUCGGUCCAAAGAGGACGAGUGCCUCAUCCUUGCUAGCGAUGGCCUGUGGGACGUCUUGUCCAACGAGGAAGUCUGCAAUGCAGCUCGCAAGAGGAUUCUCCUCUGGUACAAGAAGAAUGGCGGCGCCGCCUCCCCCUCGGAGAGAGGGGAGGGGGCUGACCCGGCGGCCCAAGCUGCCGCUGACUAUCUGUUGAAGCUGGCCAUCCAGAAGGGAAGCAAGGACAACAUCACGAUCAUUGUGGUUGACUUGAGGCCACGCCGGAAGAUCAGGGUCAAACCCCUGGUCGGGUCGCCACAGCAGGAAGGUGGAGCACUGACGCCACCGGGUCCUUGA